GGCUGGACUACCUCUCGACCUGCCUUUGACGCUGUAUAUUCCUGAUAUACUCUGCGCAUAUUCUACAAGAUCUCUUUACAAACUUACAUCUUCUAGACGCGUCAUUUAAACCUUUUUUUUUUUUAACAAUGAGGGGUGAAAUUUUGCACCUUCAUGUUGGCCAAGCCGGUGUCCAGCUCGGCAACGCAGCGUGGGAACUCUACUGUCUUGAGCACGGCUUCAGCCUUGACGGCCAUGUAGAUCCCAACCGCAGCGAAGACGCAGACUACGGCUCGCCCGACACCUUCUUCACCGAGACCAGCGGCGGCAAGCACGUGCCUCGCUCAAUAUUCGUCGACCUAGAUCCCUCUCCCAUCGAUGAGAUUCGAACGGGCGAGUAUCGCCAGCUGUUCCACCCUGAGCAGCUGAUUAGCGGAAAGGAGGAUGCGGCCAACAACUAUGCCCGCGGUCACUAUACCGUGGGCAAGGAGAUGAUUGAUACUGUCAUGGACAGGAUCCGUCGCGUUACUGACAACUGCCACUCGCUCCAAGGUUUCCUCGUUUUCCACUCGUUUGGAGGCGGUACUGGAUCUGGCUUUGGCGCGCUCAUGCUGGAGCGUCUUGCUACCGACUAUGGCAAGAAGACCAAGCUCGAGUUCACCGUCUACCCUUCUCCUCGUACUUCCACCGCCGUUGUCGAGCCCUACAAUGCAGUCUUGUCGACUCAUAGCACCAUCGAGCACUCCGACUGCACCUUUUUAGUGGAUAACGAGGCUGUCUAUGAAGUCUGCCGAAGAAACCUCGACAUUGCCCGCCCUUCUCUCAACCACCUCAACAACCUGAUUGCCCAGGUGGUCAGCUCGGUUACUUCGUCCUUGCGAUUUGACGGUGCCCUCAACGUCGACUUGAAUGAGUUCCAGACCAACCUGGUUCCUUUCCCGCGCAUUCACUACCCUCUGGUCAGCUAUGCUCCUGUCGUUUCUGCCAAGAAGAGCUCCCACGAGAGCUUCAAAAUCCAGGAGCUCACUCUCCAGUGUUUCGAGCCUCAAAACCAAAUGGUUGUGUGCAACCCCCAGAAUGGCAAGUACAUGGCCGUUGCUCUGCUCUACCGCGGUGACGUCGUGACUCGUGAUACCAACGCUGCUGUCGCUGUAAUCAAGCAAAAGUCCACUUUCCACAUGGUCGACUGGUGCCCUACCGGAUUCAAGGUCGGAAUCACGUACCAGAGACCAACCGCUGUUCCCAUUGCUGCCCAAGAGGGCGGUCUCGCCGCUGUUGACCGCUCCGUGUCUAUGCUCUCCAACACCACCGCCAUCGCCGAGGCCUGGUCGCGACUUGACCUCAAGUUCGACCUGAUGCAUAACAAACGCGCGUUUGUGCACUGGUACGUGGGCGAGGGUAUGGAAGAGGGCGAGUUCUCCGAGGCUCGAGAGGAUCUUGCCGCUCUUGAGAGGGACUACGAAGAAGUCGCCUCUGACUCUAUCGAACCUGAUAACAUGGAGUACUAGAGCGGUCUCUUAUGAGCUGACAGGGGACAAUCAACCUUUUUGCGCCAUUUAUGAAAAAUUGAAAAGAUUGCUUACUGUUUUAAUGGAACACUCUGCGUUUGAGAUUUUUUGAAGGGAAAAAAAAAAACGAUUUGAUGUAUCGGAGUCGGAUUAGAUGAGACGGUUUGCUAUAUCCUCUCUUUCUAUUUCUUUCCUUUCUUUUUUUUUUUUUCUCGUCUUAUUUGCCAGUUGUCUUUUUUUGUUUUGUUUUAAUCACUAAAUUGUACACAUUUGGGAGCAAGCAAAGCG